UGCUUCGCCACUGACUCCUCAUUCGGAGGCAUGUUCGCGAGGACGGUUCGGCUCGGGCGAGUUGCGCGGACCCUCAGGUUUGGACACAGAGGAACAUUUGCAGCAACAAUGAAGCUCGUCAGGUUUAUCAUGAAGAAUGCUGCUUUGGCCAGUGUGCCCAAACAUAUCGAGCAUUUCUCCAAAUUCUCCCCGUCGCCGCUCUCCAUCAAGCAGUUUAUUGAUUUCGGUUCCAUCAACGCUUGUGAGAAGACGUCCUUUGUCUUUUUGAGGCAGGAACUCCCCGUGAGGCUUUCAAACAUUAUGAAGGAAAUCAACCUCUUGCCUGAUAAACUGCUCACAACACCGUCUGUGCAAACGGUCCAGAGCUGGUACAUCCAGAGUUUAAUGGAGAUCCUGGAAUUCUUAGACAGGCAUCCUGACGACCACAAAGUCCUGGGAGAGUUUGUCGAUGCCUUAGUUACCAUCAGAAACAGACACAAUGAUGUCGUGCCAACCAUGGCCCAGGGCAUCAUAGAGUACAAAGAGGCCUUCCCCCAGGACCCAGUGACCAACCAGAACAUCCAAUACUUUCUGGACCGGUUCUACUUGAGCCGCAUCUCCAUCCGUAUGCUCAUCAAUCAGCACACUCUUAUUUUUGAUGGCACCACCAACCCCGUUCACCCCAACACCAUUGGCAGCAUUGACCCUCACUGUCAAGUCGCAGAUGUAGUUCAGGAUGCCUUCAAUAGUGCCAAGAUGCUGUGUGACCAGUACUAUUUCCGCUCCCCUGACCUGAUUCUACAUGAGAUGAGCCGUAAGACCAAGAACCAUUCAAUAAGCAUGGUAUACGUGCCCUCUCACCUGUAUCACAUGCUGUUUGAGCUCUUCAAGAAUGCUAUGCGAGCCACCAUUGAGACACAUGAGAGCAGCAACAACCUACCACCCAUUAACGUCCUGGUAUCUCUGGGAGGCGAGGACAUGUCCAUCAAGGUGAGUGAUAAGGGCGGUGGUGUCCCAUUUCGGAGGAUCGAGAAACUUUUCAGCUACAUGUACUCCACUGCUCCUGCUCCACAGAUAGGAGAAUACACACGGCCUCCACUGGCUGGCUUUGGCUACGGUCUGCCCAUCUCUCGUCUCUAUGCCAAGUAUUUCCAGGGGGACCUGCAGCUUUACUCCAUGGAGGGUCACGGCACAGAUGCUGUCAUCUACUUGAAGGCUCUGUCCACAGACUCCAUUGAGAGGUUGCCGGUGUACAACAAAACUGCUCUCAAGAACUACAAAGUGAGUCAAGAGGCUGACGACUGGUGCGUGCCCAGCAAAGAGCCCCUAGACCUGAGCACCUAUAAGGUGGCCAAGUGAAGAUGCCUUCAAACCAGGGAACCUCCAGAAUAUCUGUCUUCAUAACUCUGCGUCAUUGCCUGCUCAAGCAGAUUGGGGAUGAUCUGGUUUUAGCAUUAGCAUGCUCAUGUUCCUGUUGUCCUUCCGGUUCUUCAUAAGGGAAGUACACAGAUCGGAAACAGCUCCUGACAGAGAACAAUUUACACCAUCACCUUUCAAAAUGUAGCUCCAACAUUGCUUAGCAUCAGGGGGGGAAUGUGUGUGUUUGUGAGUGGACACAGGGCUCAGAGUCACUCCCAGGUCGGGAGAGAUGGAGGCCACGCCCAGCAUGCUUUGGGAUUCAUGUGAUUCUGACAAAUGCAAGUUAAGGCUUGACUUUUCAAGUAAAGCAAAUUUUUCAUUUAAACAGGGGGGAAAAACCUGUUGUCGAGCAUUUGAAACAGAUUCACUAAUGACAUUAAGAUACCUUUGGUGGAAUGACUCUUCAGUUUGGCAUUUCAAAGAACAAAGAAGCAAAAAUGAUGACUUCCUUUUUUUCUGUCUUAAUCUCCAGUUAAUCUUAUCUCCGCUGUUUUACACCGCCCACAUACAAGUGUGUUAAUAUCUGAGAUCAUUCAGACUACAGACAUACUCUGCCUAAACCUGCAAAAAGCCAAGCAGUGUUGGAAGUUUAAAGAUGGCGUCUUCUGUAGGAAAUGCCACCCAAAGCUUUACAGUAGCAAUAUUGCCCAAAGGCACAUUCAUUGAAAUGACUUGAACAAUUUAAACAGAUACAUUUGAUGCACUUUGUUAUGUUUAAAGUGCUAUACUAACAUUGAAUUCUUCACCAAAUGUAUGACUUGUGUGGAUUUGUGUUGGGGAUUUUGAUAUUUCACUCCAAUUGAUAAGAUAUUUUGUUAUCUUUAAAGUCAGCUUUUUGGACCAGCCGGAAUACAACAAGCUGUCCUGUGUGUGGAUUUGCAUUAAUUGCAGAGGUUAUUAUGUAAUAGAAACUACAGCACCACAGGGCCCAAGCUCUUUUUGCUUCAGGCAGAUUUUAGUAGGAGCUGUAAAACUCCAGGAGACAAUUCAGGCUGUGCUUGAGUUCUGUACCGGUCAGUGAUCCUGUGAGGAGAGGCCAGUCUCACAUCGUUUAUUACGCAUUUGGCAAAAUGAAGAUAAAAUGCUUUGGGUCCACGUGUGUUCAAGAUGAGUAUUAUUUUUUUCUUCUGUUGUAUUUAUCUUUGACCAUAUAGUAUGUGAAAUGUUAUUUUUAUAGCUACACACUGUGACUGAAAUGAUUGUAAAUACUGUAAAUACAGUCCAAAUGAUUAAAAAAAUAAUAACA